UCGGGCCGAUGCGGUUGUGUUGCGCUGCACGUGUCUAUAUAGUUCUUUAGAAUUAUAAUUUGACUAUGGACAGUUAACUUUUAUUAAAAUUUAACAUUUUAUUUGUGACGGAACAUUUGAACGCGUAGUGGAAUCUUGACUAUGAUCUGAUAACCCCGCUUAUCAAGAUCAUUAGACUACCGAUGUGCGUGUUAUGAUAGUGGCCUAGCGAUGGAGAUGUCGUACCAAGCAGGCGCGGAGGGCGAGAGCCUCCUGAGACCGGACCAGAGGAGCGCCGUCGUCAUGCCGACGGGAGCAAGAGCAGGUUGGGAGGCAGAGGAGAAGGCGCCGUUCCUCCGCAACGAGCCCGUCAAGCUCACGCCGGCGUGGGAGGGCUCCAACCUGCCCAAUGACACCCUCAACCUCAAAGGUAUAGCCAUGGACCUGACUCCGCCGAAGGACCGGUGGAACCUGAUCUAUAUAACGCUCCUGAUACACGGUCUCGGUACCCUGACGGCAUGGAACAUGUUCAUCACUGCCAAGGACUACUUCACCACAUACAAACUGGUGAACACAUGGUACGAGGGCAAGUACUUGGACUACACGGGGCUCGCUGCGCAAAUACCAAACUUCUUGUUCAGUUGGUUCAACGUCUUCGCUAGGAUGGGUGGGAACCUGACGACGCGCAUCGUGUGGUCUCUCAGCAUGGAGGUGCUGAUAUUCGUGUUCACAAUCGUCAUGGCCAUGGUGGACAGCAGCCAGUGGCCCGGGGUCUUCUUCUGGCUGACCCUCGUCUCCAUCUUCGUCCUUAAUGGUUGCAACGCGAUCUUCCAAAACUCAGUGUACGGUGUAGCGGCGCGCCUGCCGCCGCAAUACACCGGCGCGACCGUCCUCGGUUCCAACGUUUGUGGAACCUUAGUCGUGCUAGUAGAAUGGGCCUCUGCUAGCAUCGGUGGCAGUAAGCGGACUGCUGCCAUCUAUUAUUUCAUCGCUGGAAUGUUCGUCCUACUUAUAUGCUUCGAUACGUACUUCGCUCUGCCUUUAAAUAGAUUCUACCGCUACCACGACACGCUACAGCAGCGCACGUUGCGUGUGAACCCCGCGUUAGCAGCCACGGGACAGGAGGACGCUAAGAAGAUCCCGUACGGAACCAUCUUCAGACAAUCCUGGGUUCAGCUCUACAACAUAUGGAUGGUGUUCUUUGUGUCGCUGGCUGUGUUCCCUAGCGUGCACUCUGAUGUGAAAGCCAGCUCUCCAGGCUUCCUUGGAGACAACUUUAUGAGGAUCACAUGCUUCCUGACAUUCAAUCUCACUGCCAUGAUUGGUAACAUCACUGCCAGUUUGUUCCCCUAUCCCUCAAAGCGCUGGCUGUCCAUCUUCACAACACUCCGUUUACUGUUCAUUCCAUUCUUCCUGCUGUGCAACUACCCCAGAGGCGUGACUCGAACGCUACCAGUGCUGAUCAACAAUGAUAUUGUGUACUGGAUCGGUGCUAUGCUGUUGGGCUGGAGUUCGGGACAUGGCAGCUCGCUGGGAAUGAUGUUUGUUAGCGGUACGGUGGCUCCCGAGCACGCGGCCACGGCGGGCAUGAUCGGCGGCGCCACGCUCAUCACGGGCAUCACGUCGGGGCUGCUGUUCGCGUUCUUCGCGCCCGUCCCCAUCGUCGCGUCCCCGCUGUGGCGCGCCGCCUAGCGCUGGGCCGACUUCCUGCACGGCGCCUGGACUGUGACGCGGCGGCUGCUGCACUGAUACCCGGGCUACGAGUGACAGUGGUGAUGAGUGAAUUUAUACAAUCGUCAUGGUUGAUUAGAUUUAGAUGAAGCUUAAACUACGUCGAAAGUGUUUAUGCGAUGCCUUUUUCAGGCGUUUAGGCGCAACAAAAUAGGCUUCGUUUAAAUCUACCGUCACACUUACGUCUUAUGAUCGAUAAGCGAAAACUAAAUAGUGGUGUUCCUACGUGACUAAUUUUAUAAUACUUUGAUUAUACUCGGAGACUAUGAACCGAGUGAAGUGUUCAAUAUUGCUAUUUGGUCGCUCGCCCGUUCCAACUGAGCGAUGUUUAGUAUUACGAGUCGCCUUAUUAAAGGUACUUAUUGUUGAUAUUAUGUAUGGUGCGUAAGUAUUUUUAAAUUUGUAUCAUAUAGUAAUAAAUGAUAAAAAGAGUUUAACUGAGUAUAAUUAGACAAGUCCGUACAGAUUGACUUCUGCCGAGAGAACUCGCAUGUUGCCUUUGCCGAGGCAACUCUUAUUAGUAAUUUGCCGCGCGAGGAAAUUGCCUCGCGACUCAGCUCGCUCUGUAUGGACACCUAUUUCCUAAUUGUAACAUAUGAAAAUAAACAUCUUUUUGUUAUUUAUUAGUGUCUAUGAGUACUCUUACCAUUUAAUGCUACCCUUAUGCCUAACUAUACACUAUGAGACGAAAUGUUACACUUUGUAUAAGCAUAAUCCCAUACAAAAGUGUAAAUUUAGUCCUUAUUUAUAUUUUAUGUCUAUUGUUGUCUUGUUUGGAGCAGUUGUAUUGCAAGGAGAUUGAAAGAUGCUAUUAGAUAUAGGACUUUAACUAGAGUGUAUAAUGUAUAAAAACGAACAAGAAACGAUUUUAAAAUGAUACCCAAUAAAAACUACUCUAAUAAAAUAUAACAAAAUUGAAUAAAUUAUGUUUAAAUAUCUUUUUAAAAUCUUCUCUUGUUGUUUGCUAUUAUUUGAUACAUAUAAGAGCGAAAUUAUGACAUAUUCAUCUGAUAUCCUAAACACAUAAUCGAAAUUAAAUAUGUAUAUAUUGAGAAGCAAAUUGUAUGGGAAUAAAAUAUAAACAUUGUAUAUAUUAAUCAUA